UACUGACUCUAGGAUUGUCAUAAGGGAAAAGGGGGCCUCCCUAUCUGAGCUGCCAGCGGUGGGUGGGAGCUGGCUUCUCUCUAAUAUAAACCAUCACAGCCGCUGCAAUUCUGUACCAGAUUCUUGUAAAGCCAUCUAUUAGCCACUGACCAGCUACUUGCAGCCAUGGUUCUUUGGGAUGCUGCCGAGAAAAAAGUCAUCGCCUCUGUCUGGGCAAAAGUGGACAUUGAAGCUGAUGGCUUUCAGGCUUUGCUAAGGACUCUGCAUGUGUAUCCCUGGACUAAGAGGUACUUCAGCCAUUUUGGUGCCAUGUCUACACUCAAAGAUAUCGAAUCAAACCCAAAAGUUCGAGCUCAUGGCAAAAAAGUAAUGGCUGCUGUGGGUGAUGCCAUAAAUCACAUGGAUAACAUCAAGGGUCAUCUUUCACAACUGAGCCAGCUGCACUCAGAUAAACUCCAUGUGGAUCCAGCUAACUUUGAGCUUCUUGGAAACAAUAUUGUGAUUGUGCUGGCAGCCAAAUUUGGUGCUGAUGCAUUUACUCCUGAAGUCCAGGCUACUUUCCAAAAACUGGUGGCUGUCAUUUCAUCUGCUCUAACCAGAGAAUACCACUAGGGCAUCUGUGUAUGGCACAGGAGUUCAUGAUGUCCUGCCGGAGUAGAACAACUAAGAUUCGGUGGCAGUGGACCUCAUGAUCAUGAAAUCGGAGUCUAAUAUUGAAGGUGGAGGAGAUGUGAUUAUUCAGCACUCAAUGUCAUUGUAAAAGUGACACAGUCUGAAGAGUAAUUUCUGGUGCAUUUGGUACAGGCUUAGACUGCUUCAGCUCUGUGCAUGUAACAACAAAAUGCUACAAAAUGUUCUUUCACUGUUAACAUUGGCUCAACACCAGAGAGAGUGCCUGCAAUGCUAUUUCAAUGUGUUAACAAAAUAAAAUGUCUUUAAAUGA